UUUCCAUUUCCCAAAGCGGGAAAAGGAAACGCCAAAAACGCUCAAAAAGCACCGCUCUACUCUGUACAGCCAGAUACUGAUUCCGCACCGGAGACAUGAGGGGCAAAGCUCGUCGCCGACCGACGGAAUCUUUCAAUCCGCAACCUACGCCGGACCGCCGCCAGUUCCCUUUCUCCACCUCUGUCGCUAACACUUCCCGUGACUCCGAUGCCAGCUUUGCCAGUAGCCGACCUUCCACUAUCGGCGUCGGCAGAUCUUCCGAGCUCUAUACCGAUCGAGCACACCAAAACUCGGCGAUUCGCUCAAUCAAUACAUACCUCUCAUCCCACUCGUCGCUUCUCUCGUUGAAAACGCAUCCUAUCUCCUCCGCUAAGGAGAUCACCGAAGUCCUCCAGUUCCUCCUCCACCAACUGGAUUAUCCUUCUACGAAGCUCGAGGACGAUUUGUUCAUAAUCUUGAAAUCUCUGAAUUGCCCUUUUAAGGUCAUCAAAUCUACUCUCCGUGCCCCUAAUACUCCUCAUAACUGGCCUUCAUUUCUUGCAGUAAUCCACUGGCUAGUCCAAAUUGCGAUGUAUAAGGAGCAUUUAGCAGCAAAUUCGAGGUCUCAUGUGGAAAAUAAUGGUAUGCUCGUAUAUGCAUUUAACAGUUAUUUGAGUUAUAUUCGCGGGGAUGAUGACUCAGUGGAGGCAUUGGAUAGAGAGUUCAUGGAGAAACUGGAGAGAGAAAGGGAUAGCGUGCUUGAAAGUGUGAAGGUUUUGGAGUCCAAUUUUAAUGAACUUUCUGCGAAAGCAGAGGCUAUGAGGAAGGGACCUACAGAGAUAGAGAGGCUGGAGAAAGAGAGAAGUGUGUUAGAGGAGGAUGUGAAAAAGUUCCAUGCUAUGAUUUCAGAGUUCAAUCAGAGGAUUGAGGGUAUGGAAAAGCUCUUGGAAGAGAAAAGAAAAGAACUGGAUGCUAAAGUGGAGGAGAGGAAGAGGAUUAUUGAGGAGAAUGAGGAUUUGAAGAAGAGGGUGGAUGAACAAAGUUUUAAUUUGAGGGAUGCAGAGAGGAUGAAGAGGGAAUUGCAAGCAGUGGAGAGAGAUAUUGGAGAGGCAGAGGCUGCAAGGAAUUCAUGGGAGGAGAAGAUGUGGGAUCUUGAUGCUGCAAUUGGACAUAAAUUUAAGGAGCUUGAAGCACUUUCCAUGGAGUGUAACCAGGCUGCUAGGAGAUUAAAGCUCGGAAAUGGCUUUCAGUAUGUGUUGAAUGCUGAGGGUUCUACACCUGCUCAGGUUAUGGGAAUUGACUACAAAUCUACGGUAAAGCCGGGACUAGAAUCCUUUGCUGAUGACAUAAAAAAGAACUCUAUGGCAAAACUGGAAGAGUUGAUUUCACUUCAACAAGAAUCAUCAGAAUUGACUGCUAAGAUUGAGGGCAAAAAGAAUCGUAUUGCUGCGCUUCAAUCUAAUAUUGAUGAAGUUGAAGCUCAAUUGAACUCUUCGAGGAAAGAAACAGAGGAGUAUGCCAAUAGAUGUGCAGUGGAAGCUACAAAGCUGGUGCAGGAUGUUCAAAUGGAAGCUCAUAACUUGGAUGUUUUGGAAAGAGAAGCAGCAGAGUUUCUGAAGGAUUCGGAAAAAAAGUUGCAGGAAGCAAUAAAAAGAAGUGAAGAAGAAAUUCAGAUGCAUGCACGAGAACUAUUUACAGUGGUGGAUGCGGUCUCAAAAUACAAGGAACAUAUGGAAGCAAAAAUUUCAGAGAUGAAAAACAAGCUGUCAGAAACCGCAGUCUCUGUCUCUGGAGCUUACAAGCGUUCCUUGCCUGCGCAAUUCGGUAUUAGCUUGGAUGCCAUCCACACAACCUAAUUGAUGGAUCUUUCUUCUUUUUAUUUUGUGUAUGCUGAAGACAUAUUAUUGCCGUUCAUACACAAUAAGCGAGAAGUCGGCUUCCAACAGCUUUUGGCACAGAAUGUAGGAGAUGGUUUGUGUUUUGUAGUUUUAUAUUUCUUAUGAAGCCAAUAGCUGCAGGGACUUGAUUGUGUAAUUUUUUUGUGCAAGUUGAAGAUUCUUAAUCUAGGCAUGUUGCGGGGAA